AGCAUUCGCGCACGACCCUAACAAAUGGGCUCGGGCAAUCGACUGGUAUCGAACCUAUCCCGACGAACUCUUUUAUCUCCAGAGGCUCGUUCAGGAGCCAGAGCCCGACGACGGUUAUUUCCUGUUUUGCCGGUGUGAAAGCGCAACGCUGGGUGAACUGCAAGCCACCCUCGAAUACUUCAACGGUCCUCCUGGGUUUCGACCCUCUCCCUUCUGGAACGAGCAGGGACGAGGCGGGCCUCCGCCUUAUGAUGCAAUAGAUGUUACCUGUGUUCUCGAUGCCUUGAGCACUCUGGAAAUCACUGGCAGGAUGCCGCUUGCAUUUGGAGACAAGCGGCACACAUGGAAUCUGGUCGUCGCUCGAUGCCGGCAACAUCCCGCCGAGCUCAACUGGAUUCGGUACCGUGUUCAAGUGUCGCGCUUUUAUCACUACAUGUAUGAGCGUUUUGAAUCAUCCGUUUUCGCAGAAAUGGAGGCGACGGUGGACUUGUUUAGCUUCCCACCGCCCUACGUACGACUUUCUCCCGUCUGUGAACAAGCACAAGCAAGAGGGGAUCCUCUACCUUAUCCUCCACCUUAUCAAGCCACGGACAUGUUCAGGUCUAGUGGCUCUUUGAUCCCUCUGGGACAUCAGGCCUGUGAGCCGCCAACGAUAGCGCCGCUCUUGUCUCGCUGGUGGUCCUGGUUUUGGCAAGCGUGGUUUUGGAUGUCAUAGGGCUUCAUAACAACUAUUUGGUCAGUCCAAGGAUGUCAUUCAAGAUCUACCUGGAUGCCUUACCAGAACAGUCACCCAUCACGCAGCUACUCUCCCUCCUAUCCCAAACUUCCCUCUUCUUUGCUCUCCUCCCCUUUCUCCCUCCUACAUCAUUCGUCCCCACCCACUCCACCACCACUGCCAACACUCCUGCCCCACACAUAAGGAGAGGGAACGUUGGUGCCCACCCCACUCUCUCCCUGCGAGCCGAAAUCAGCCGAAGACAACAAUCAGGAGCAGAGCCAAACAUCCCCCAGCAGGGAGGAUGACUGGCAGCGCAGACCCAUUAAACACGCAAGAGAGCACUCAUCCAAAUCUCGAAAGCCAAAGACGUCAACCAAGUGCCCCACUCUCCCUUCCUCGGCUCCCAACCGCCCAACGCUGUACCCUGGUCCUCCCUGCCUCUGUUUGACCAGAAGAAGCUCUUCAACUGUCUUGCACAGCAGCUCACCGUCCUCCCCCUAGCGGACGUGAGCCUCACGUAUGCUGUCCAUCCCCAAAGUCAGGCGGAGAUGAACCCGACAAUGAUCCCCCUCCCUGUGAGCCAAAAGAGGUCCGUAUUUGGAGGCCGUUUGUCCCGGAGGCGGAGCGUGCGCAGGUGGAGCUGGAGCUGGAGAGAGCAGGGCAUGCGGCCAAGACGCAGGGUUCGGAGGGGAGGAGGACCCUCCGUAAGGCUGUUACUUCAUUACCGGGACAGCCGGUGGUGGGACAUCAAGUUGGGAGCAUAUGACUUGUGGAACGGACACCGCACCUGUCACAGCUACAAACACGGCUGGAACCAAAACUGCAAUCGAAGGACACCUACAAACCGGCCCAGAUACAUCAUCCCUCCCCAUCUGGGGCGACCUCCCAUAGCGUUUCUUCUUAUCGACCUUUCCUCGACCCGAUUCGAUUCGGUUCGAUUCACAUUGGUCCCUCUCGAGUCGUUCAUUCCACCCUAUCCUAUUUCCUUCCAUUUGACCGCAGGCGGGCGCUGCAUUUGACGACCACUUGCUGCCCUUUGUGCGCAUGACAAUUUUCGACUUGAUUACUUUCAGUCUCGACUUGUACAUUCGACAUUCAAGUUGGACAUUCGAUAUUCGACAUCCCGUCGCAACAUGACAGCUGGUAUCUGACGUCCGACCGAUCUCAGCCGGACUAACUUGCGUACGUAACCCACCGCCGACUACUAUCACCCUUCAAUAUUUUGUUUUGACUUGUACAAAAGGUUCCGAAGCAAUCUAUAUGUUUGUGAGACGGAAGGACCGCCUCCAUGUGUCAGAUCAUGUGCCGGAUCCAGCCGGCCCCGCGGCCACAAGUCGCCUUCCGCAUCGAGCAAAGUUUGUUGGGUUGCCAUUCAGGUCGCGACUCUUGGCAGACGGUCGGAUCCUCGGCUCCGGUAUGUGUGUAGCAUCGUGUCGCGGAUCCGGGCGGAAAGGCUUUCCGCCUCUCUCAGCUCUUCACCUUUAUUUAUGUUUAAAACAGCGGGAUAGAGGGAGACAUGCCUUGUACAUCAAUUCCGACGGCAUUUGCCGACCAUCCUCGCAAAUGCGCUCGGGCCAUCGAUUAUUACCCGAAGAACUCCGACGAACUCUUUUAUCUUCAUAGGCUCGUUCAGGAUGCCGACAACGAAUAUUUCAUGUUUGGCGUGGAAGAAAGAGCUACGUUAGGCGAACUGCAGGCCAUCCUCGAGUACUUCAACGGCCCUCCUGGUUUUCGGCCCUCUCAGCUCUGGGAUGAGCAGGGACGAGGCGGUCCUCCAUCGUAUUAUGCAAUAGAUCUUACCUGUGUCCUCGCCGCCUUGAGCGCACCCGGAAACAUCGGCAGGAUUCCCACUGGAUUUGCGGAUAACAAGUCCCACUGGCCUCAGAUCGUCGCUCGAUACCGGCAGCACCCCGGCGAGCUCAACUACAUUCGGCUGCGUGUUCAAUGGUCGCGCGCUCAUCACUGCAUGUAUGAUCGACUUGAUUCAAUCUGUUUCGCAGAAAUGGAGGCGACAGUGGACUUCUUUAGCUUCCCGCCGCCCUACUGUCGACUUUCUCCAGCCCUGCCCUGGUCUGCCCCCCCUCCCCCCCUAUCUCCUACAACGUCAUUCAAGUUCUAUCCCGACCCCACUACCACCACGCUCCUCGAGUUCCCUCCCUCCACUCUCCCACUUCCCACGUCUCGGCCUUCCUGUCUUCUCUCCCUUCUACCUACUCCCUCCUACAUCUCCACCUUCCACUGCGCUACCGCUAUGUACCGACACACUUGUCCUGAGUACAAAGAAGGAGAACAUUUACACCAUGACCGGCCUCCCCGCGAGCUGACGCCUACUAAAGUCAAAACUCAAGAGCAGAGCCAGACAGCCCCGCGCAGUGAAUAUGACCAGCGCGCCCGCCCAGACCGCCCAAACACACAGAAGGACGCUCAUCCAAACACCGAAACUCAAGCUCUCGUCCAAGCGUCCCCUCUCUCCCUCCCUCCGCUCCCCAUCUCCGCUGCUGGCCUCUGGCCUUCCGCCUCAUUAUUCAACCCCAAAGAGCACUUCAACUGCGUGGCCCCGCAACUCAUCAUCCUGCUUCCUAACGGACGUCAGCUUGACAUGCGUUGUCCAGCCUGA